AUGAGAGUGGAGAAAGCCGUCAUGACAGACGGCACUGGAUCCAGUCCGAUGAACAACCGGCAGGAGUUGGAGAGGAGUGCCAGGAGCGAGGACAUGAGGACCCCCAACCAGCUAGUGAACGAUCUGAAGAAGCGGAAGAAUGUGAACUUCGAUCAGGACAAUUUGGAAGAGAUAAUUCCGGGUCGCAGCCGCGACUGCCAUCUUGAAUUGCUGAGACAGGAGAAUGAAAGACUGAAGGCAUUUGCUGACCAGGUGGAUGUCACUUACCUUCGUUCGUACAAAGGGCAACACCGACACAUCGAGGAGUUGACACGCGACCGCUCGCUUCUCCGCUCCCAGCUGGGCGUGGUUUUGGCGCGGCCGAGAACCGCCCCGCCGGCAAUUCCCUCCGUUUUGGGCGUGAACCCUUCGGGCUCCGGGUUCGAUUCCGGCUGGCGCAAGGGCGGCGGCGAGGAGCUGAGCGUUUUCGCCCCCUCGCGGCCUCUGCUGCCGGGGGACAGGCUACCCUUCGUGGGGCUCCUGCCCGACAGGAGAUCGGACAACGGACGGCAUUUCAUAAAACAGUGGCGUACGCUGAGGCGGCGUUUGGCAACGGAUGAGGACGCGUCCCCACAGGCAGGCACGUCACGACAAGAUGACGCAGAGCCCACGCGGAUAGCUUGGCCCGUAUCACCACAACUCGUCGUUCCGGCAAAUGAAACCUUUGGAAGGGCGCAAUGCAACCAAGAGGGCGGAGCGCAAAAACAACGAGAUACCGCUGCUGAACUGAAUAAAAUCAGAGUAAAGAGCCCCAAAUCUGUAUUGCGCGAGGCUAAACAAAAGCUGAGACACAAGGACAGCGUGAAACGCCAACCGGUCGCGGUGAACCGCGAGAAGAGUCCAAACACAACGCUAAGAGAGGCCAAGCUGAGGCUUCGGAAGCUGGAGAUCGAAGCUGAGGCGGCGGAGAGGUCGUACCGGGACUUCAGGAGGAGGUCCCAGAUGAGCAUCGGCCUGCUAGGGGCCCAGGAUAGCGUUCAGGGUCUAGAUAUUCACCGCAGCUCUUCAUCUCAAAAAUAUUGUAAAUAUGAAAACAAAACCAGCGAGCACGAUCUGUACGCUAAAGCAACAAAGGAUUUAUUGACGAAAGAUUUCGAUAAGUACUUAAAGGACUAUCAGCCUAAACAAGUCAUUAGACAAUCGCAAUUUAUAGAGGAAACAUUUCGGCGCGUUAGAACAAAGCCUACACCAAACGCAUACAUAAAUGAAACUCGAGACUUAGAAGACGCAAGGUGCGAUGUUAACUACUUGGAAACACCUAUAACGGAAUUCAGAAAACUGUAUCACAACGAAAAAAGUAGGCUAUCAAACACAGAGAGCGUUAAGAUGGAAUCGUCCAGUUCGAACGUUCGCCAAACGGAAGCAGACGACUUCAAAACUAUUCAGCCUCGAACCGAUACGAAAACGGACGUAAAACACAUCGAUAAUGCCGACGAGAAUACGAUAGUGAACGAAGAACCCGAACGAAGCAGCAGCAAGGAAUUUAAAAUACUGAAGGACCACGUGAGCGAAAUGGGUGAUGCUCCGAGCGACCCUAUACUUUUUACGCAACAGUCUCUAGAAGCUAGCACUGAGUCUAUCGGAAAAUCGACAGACGAUCGUAGAAACUUACUCAGAGUGCAAGUUGAAAACGUAACAGAGACUAACAGUGUACAGAUAUCGGAGCGAAAUGCCCUCACGAUUGUUGUAGAAAGCUCUAUGAACACUAAUGCCCUCAAAGUAACACAAAAUAAUCCAAUGACAGUGCUAAUAAGUCCGCGAGCGAACUCCCCAACAAGUCCACGUGACGUAAACGCAGACGUAAUACUUUCUGUCGCCGCACGAACACAUCAGUUGUCUCCAGGCCGUUCGGCAAGAGGUAGAUACAUUGCGAAAACAGACGGGAUCACGACGAGCGUCCCAUCGCCGAAAGCACCGCGUGAAAACGAAACAAAAUCCGCAGAUAUCUCAAAAGCAAGCAACGCGCCAGAGAAAGCGGCUAACCUAACUAGAUACGAUGUGCUCGAAGCGAUCUUAGAUGCGGCGGCGGCAAAAGCCGAAUCAAACGUCGAGAUAGGUCUAGAAAAUUCCAAGGGGGAUGGAGACUCCCUCAAAGGUCUAGAAAAUUCCAAGGGCGAUGGAGACUCCCUCAAUGGGACUGAAAGCGACCUGAAGGACUAUCCGGAUGAUUUCUCGGCCGACGUUGACAACUACAAUAGUAAUUCGGAUAUAGGCAACUCGCCCAUUUCAUUCCCAAAGGCUUCAGAAGAGGACAAUUUUUGGGAU